AUGCCGGCGAAAUUGUCUGUCGCGGACACACGCUUUAUCUGCGUGCAAUGCCGGAAAACCCUGAGCUCGACCACUCGACGGAGACGAUUCGCAUCAACCAAACCCAAUGCAUCAUCACCAACAACUCCUGAGAUUUUCGACAUCGUGACAGUCGGCGGCGGACCAGCUGGUCUAGCCCUCCUCGCAGCAUUAAAGUCAUCGCCUAUAACAUCGCAUCUGAAAACGGCAUUGAUCGAGACCCAAGAUCUCUCAAGGCUCCGCCAAUGGCAGUCCCCAGAGGAUCAGUACUCCAACCGCGCCAGCAGCCUGACGCCCUCGUCGGUCUCGUUUCUCGAGAAAACGGGAGCGUGGGACCACGUGGACCAGUCUCGCGUGCAAGCCUAUGACGAGAUGCAAGUGUGGGAUGCCGCCAACGACGCGGCGAUUCAAUUCGACUGGCACGCCGAGACGAGCAAGUAUAACGCGCCGCCGAGGACCGUAGCGACCAUGACCGAGAACGCCAACCUGACGAGGGCUCUUCUGGAGAGAAUCGCCCAGCUCGGGGCGGAAUCGUCGCUUUUCUCCAAUACUAGCGUUUCAACCAUUGUGAACGGCGAAGAUGACCCGGAGGGUCUCAAUUUGUCCACAUGGCCGGUCUUGCGGCUUGAAUCAAAACAACCACCAUCCCAUUCCUCGUCACCGUCUUAUCCGUCAAGCAUAGCAGCCCGCCUGCUCGUGGGCGCCGACGGCUUCAACUCGCCCGUGCGCGCCUUCGCGGGCAUCGCCUCUCACGGCUGGGACUACAACCGGCACGGCGUGGUCGCCACGCUCACCGUGCAACCCACCCCCGACAACACCUCCCAAACUGACGACUUCGACCUCUUCGCAGAAGAGCCCCUCUCCAACCGCGCAACCGCGUACCAACGCUUCCUGCCCGAGCUAGGCGGGCCCAUCGCCGUAUUGCCACUGCCAAACAACCACGCCUCUCUCGUAUGGUCGACCACGCCUGCGAACGCAGCAUACCUAAAAACCCUACCUCCCUCAGCGCAGAUAGCGAUGAUCAACGCGGCCUUGCGCCUCUCACAAACAGACAUCAAAUACCUGUUCACACUCCCUCCCUCUUCCCCCGACCAACACUCGGACGAACUGCAUUGGCGUCUCCAGCACACUCCAUCCCCCCAAACCUCCCGCCCGGUCCCAAUCAUCACCGGGGUCCAAGACAAAACACUCGCCUCCUUCCCCUUGCGCUUCCGCCACUCUACCUCCCUGAUUGGUCCCCGAGUCGCUCUGAUCGGCGACGCCGCACACACCAUCCACCCCCUCGCGGGACAGGGUCUGAACCUGGGCCUCGCGGACGCGGCAUCUCUCGCAGACACGGUCGCCUACGCCGUCCAGCACGGCAUGGACGUUGGCGAUUCCGCGUUCGCGCUGGAGAGGUAUAAUGCCGACAGAUUUGGGAAGGGGUUGGUCAUGGCUGGCGGUGUUGAUGCAUUGAAUUGGUUGUAUCAGAUGGGUAGUGGCGGAGACGGCAUAUUGAGCAGUCUGGUUGGUGGGGUUAGAGGUUUGGGCAUGAAGGUUGUGGAUUCGGGGAUUGUGCCGGGGUUGAAGGGCUUGAUUAUGAGGCAGGCUUCUUAG